AUGGAUGCCCGGGCCACCCUAUCUCACGACGAUUACACGGUCGGGUGGAUAUGCGCCUUGCCGCUCGAGAUGGCGGCUGCGAAGGUGAUGAUGGACACAAUACACCCAAGCCUGCCGAGUCCAUCAACUGAUCAAAAUACAUAUAUUCUGGGAAAUAUUGGGGAACAUAAGAUUGUCAUUGCCUGCCUACCAGGCGGUGCAUAUGGCAACGUGUCGGCCGCAACAGUGGCCAUGCAGUUGCUUUCAAGCUUCCACUCUAUUCGAUUCGGGCUGAUGGUUGGUAUCGGUGGGGGUAUACCAAGUAGCAACGCAGACAUCCGACUAGGCGAUAUCGUGGUGAGCCAGCCAAGGGAUACGUUUGGAGGCGUGAUCCAAUAUGAUCUUGGGAAAGUGUUACACGACGGUCAAUUCCAGCGGACCGGGAUGUUAAACCGGCCCCCGAAGGUUCUGCUUACCGCCUUCGCUACGCUAGAAGCCCACCACCUUACGGAAGAUAGUCGAGUUGUUGAGUUCAUUUCCAACAUCUAUCUCAAAACCACAUCUCGUAAAGCUACAACUUUUACUCGUCCCGCCCAGGAGCACCGCCUAUACCAGGCAGAAUAUAAUCAUGGCGCAGCUGAUACAUGUGUGGAUUGUGACCGAUCGAAACUGACUCAACGAUCUUGUCGAGACCACGAUGAACCAGUGAUCCACUACGGGCUUAUUGCGUCCGCAAACCAGGUGGUGAAAGAUGGUAGGCGACGAGACCAAUUAGCCCAGGAUUUAGGGGUACAUUGUGUGGAGAUGGAAGCAGCAGGCCUUAUGAAUGACUUUCCUUGUGUAGUGAUCCGAGGCAUUUGUGACUAUGCUGACUCACAUAAGAACGAAGAAUGGCAAGGAUAUGCGGCAGCAGUGGCGGCGGCGUACGCUAAGGAGCUGCUUUUGAUAGUUCCAAUCAAUCAAAUUGGUAGUACCCCAACAGCACGAGAUAUUCUGGAAGGUUCUGUUGAUCGCUUCAAAGUUCCUGUAGACCUCACUGCCGUGCCUGUGAUUGAAAACUUUGUGGGGCGCCAAGACGAGCUAGACCACCUAUGGCAGUAUUUAAAUCCGACGAAGCCCCAGUCGCGGAAAGUCGCGAUUCUUCAUGGGCUGGGGGGAAUAGGAAAACACAGCUGGCAAUCCGUUUUGCGUGACAACAUAAAGAUGAUUUCAGCGCUAUCUUUUGGCUUAGCGGCAAAGAUCGAGGCACGGCAGGCCCUGAAAAACGAGGCGGCCAAUGACGAUGAGCUAGAACAACGAGCUAGAGAUGUGCUACGGUGGCUCGAAAAAGAGGGUAACUCGCGCUGGUUGAUCAUUUUGGACAAUAUCGAUCAAUACUCUCCAGUCGAUAGCGGUGUUGAGAAAGCAUAUGAUAUUGGAAAGUUUUUUCCUAUAGCAGAUCAUGGCUCUAUUCUCAUCACCUCUCGUCUCCCAAGGCUCAGUGAACUAGGCGAGUCCUUUCCAAUCAACAAGCUUCACUCGACGGAGACCAUUCAACUUCUCUUGAAAAACAGCGGCUUAUCAAAAAGCAACACCGGUCAGGAGCUUGAGGGGCAUCCAGAUACCCAUACCCUCGCCGACCGUCUUGAUGGACUACCACUAGCCAUUGAUAUCGCGGCGGCAUUCAUGCGCGAAACUGGCACUCGCAUCACUCAUCACUCUCGACCCCUAGGCGUCAGUACCAGCAACAGAUUAGAAACACGGAUGAUCUCAUUUCAAGAGAUUCAGAAUCGCGACCCGAUCGCAGCAGAGAUCCUACUGCUACUCGCCCGUUUUGAUAAUCGGGAUGUUUGGUACGAGUUAGUCAAAAAUGCUUCUCAUAGCUCCAAUAUUCCAGUUUGGCUUGAAAGAGCUAUAUCAAGUGAACUUGAGUUUAAGGUUUGUAUGAAGCCUCUGAUAGAAUUCUCUCUUCUUCACACAACGCAACAAGAAGGAAGCUAUACAAUGCAUCCUGUGGUACAAGAUUGGUGCUUCCACCUGGCCAGCAAAGACGGAAAUUUGAAUCCUAUGCAGCUUUUGGAACUAGCGAUAAUAUCUGUCGGAUACACGGUUCCUCAUUCUAGUGAUCGCAAUUAUACGGAGCUACAGCGACGGCUUGUUCCACAUGCAAAUAUCUUACGUAACGGGCAAUUCUCUGCUAAUAACAUUGCUAUCUGGGGGGGACUUCAUGGACUAGGGCAUCUCUACUCUGAUCAAGGGAAGCUGAAAGAGGCCGAGGAAAUAUCCCGUGAGGGAGAGCAAGACAGACAAAAUGCUGCACAGCUCAAGGCCAACGAAGUACGGCAGGCCAUAGAGAAAUUGUCUACAUGA